AUGCCAGGCACAGGAGGAACUGAGUGAGUGAAACAACCGCAUGUUUACAGGACAAGUGUAUGUGUGAGUGUUCACAAACGCAUACUAUAUACACUGUGUAGGGUAUGAAUACAUUUUUUAGUGUAUAACUGGAGUCAUAAAGCUGGCUCUUUGUCAAAACUACUUUUUACAUUGUGUCAAAAACCCCUGAUUGGUUAGUCAGAAAUUUAUCAAAUGUUUACAGAGUCAUUUAGUUGCUACGUGCAGACUCAAAGAGAGUCUAAAUACAGCUCAGUGUCACAUGAGGAAAUUAGAGCUACAAGUGCAGAGCCUGCAUGUAAGAGUCAUGAUGUUUCUCUUGUUUGAAGCCCAAAGGGAGAAGAUUUCUCCACUGCUAUCCUGAAACAGAAGCACAGACCUAAUAGACUUAUUGUGGAUGAAGCUCUCAAUGAAGACAGCAGUAUUGUCAGCCUCUCACAGGUUAGUGUACGUGAGUCUGUACAGGGAGUACAUCCAGUGUUGUUUGUAUAUCUCUUUGGAUUUAUGUUUGUGUUUACACCAGAAUAAGACAGAGGAGCUGCAGCUCUUCCGGGGGGACACAGUGGUACUAAGAGGAAGGAAGCGUCGCCAAACUGUGUGUAUCGUGUUGACUGAUAAUACUUGUGGGGAUGAACGAAUCCGCAUGAACCGAGUGACGCGCAAUAACCUGCGUGUUCGACUUGGUGAUGUUGUCAGGUAAAUCUCAGCAGAGUGAACGACAAAUGAAAUCCUUCUGAAUAAUCCAUUCACUGCUUUUGAUGUGUUUCAUCACAGCAUUCAGGCUUGCCCUGAUAUCAAAUAUGGGAAAAAGAUCCAUGUCCUCCCGUUAGACGACACCAUCGAGGGUCUCACAGGAAACCUCUUUGACGUUUUCCUCAAACCCUACUUUCUCGAGGCUUACAGACCUGUGCAUAAAGGUACAACUGCUCCUUCGCUAAUCAUUUCACCUCAAUGAAAAUGGCUCACAAAUCACAAAUGACUCUGCAGAUCAUAACAUGAGUACUAGACUGUAGUCUUAGUUUAUAAACUCAUCAAUGUUCAGGUCCUGGCACACUGCACUAGGGUACACUAUAACCAGCCUCUGGGAACCAUGAUGGAUGGCAUAAACCUCUGCUGCUUUGCUGAUGAUACUAAGACAUAUCUAUCCUCCAGGACUGAUUAAUGAGGAUCAGACAAAAAUUUCCUCAUAAGAUGGAUCCAGGUUUUUGUUUUUAGUUUUGAUGACACUUAUAGCCUGUAAUUAGCCAAAUGUCUACUUACUCUGGACAUUAAAGUGUUGUUAAUUGCCAUAUUUAUCACCAGUUUUGACAUUCAUUGUACCAUUUAAAGUAGAUACUAUAUGUAAAUACUUUGACAAUCUCUUUGGUUGUUGAGAGAACAGCACAAGCUUUACUUUACUGACAAUAUGGAGCAGUCUAAUCUAAACAAACAGUUUUAAAAAAUCUCAGAGAGCAUCAAUAAUACAAUGCAGUAAUGCAAUACAGGACAGUGUCACUCUAUCCUAUACUGUAAAGGUGGGCAUGACAGCCAUUCAGAGUGGAAACUAUGUAAAAAAUAUAAAUAGUAGUAAGCAGUGGGCCCAAAAUUGAACCCUAUGUCUCCACUCUGUAACAAAAGAUUCAGACUCAUCUUAACCAAAUCUUAACCACCUUUUAUAAAUGCUCCUGAGGCCCAAUGCAUUAACUUUUACCCAAUCUUACACUUCCUAAUGUCUUUAAGUAAGUGGUGACCAACCAAAAUGAAACAGAUCCAUAUAAAGGACAGCAUAAUAAUGCCUCAUGUCUAAAGUCCACAUUGACAAAUGUAAUGGCUUGUACUAUUAUUUGGUCUUUGAUAUGUCUGGUGUGGAUUUGAGAAAUCUGAAAUAAAGAACUUCAGUCAAAUAUUUCCCAAAAAGUCAAUGACUGUCGCUGGACGGAGUGAUUAAAGAUGGUUUAUUAAAAUCAUCCCUGACACCGGUUCUGUCUAUGUAAAAUACAUAAGCAGAUCUCCAUACUGUGGAAAUAUUCCUGUUGAGGAGGAAAGAUUAAACAUAUGCACUUAUUGUAGAGCCAUAACUGUAGCAGUCAUUUUUAGAAAGAAAGUAACCACGUUGUCUUUACCAGCAGAGCUCCCAGGAUUCAAGGACUGCAGUGCAUGUAAUACCUCAGUAAAUGAGAUGAAUUCAAAUGAGGAAUGAAAGGCUUGGCCCACCGGCCCACAUGAACAACGUUAGGGGCAAUGUUAACAUCGAUUUACUUAUAAAAAUAGUGAAGGUUAGAUCUCUAAUGAGCUAGCGACGUGCAGCCUCUCCUGCUUUUAUGUAUCACUGCUUUUACAACUAAAACACAAACUUUUCCACCACGCAGUUAAGACCAAUCACUUCAGAGUGAAACUGCAGACAGGGUUCUGAUAAAACCAGAAAGAAAGACCACAGGACCCCUGAUUAGCACAAUUUAGACUGUUUUCUGUGGCUUAAAGGAUUGUUUUGGAGGCUUUUUCUUAGGUUUUGCAGUACAUAUGUUGCCAGCUGCCAAUGAAAACUUAAAGAAUACUAUACUGAACCAAACUAGUGUUUUUGUUGUCUCAGUUUUUGUUACUGAAUUGUAAAAAAAAACUUAUAGUGGUGCUCCUCUUUGUGUGCACAACAGGUGCUCAAAGUAUAGUUCACUAUUCCUUUAUUUCCAAGUGUGGUUGCAUAUUUGGCAUGCACCAGCUUGUUUACUGUUCACCAAAAUACAGCUCUACCUCAUGUCAUUGUUAAAAGGUGACUUUAAGAUGUUGCUCUCUAAUUGCAUUUUCAGAUGACGUUUUCUUGGUGAGGGGCAGCAUGCGGGCAGUGGAGUUCAAGGUGGUGGAGACAGACCCCAGUCCGCACUGCAUUGUUGCCCCAGACACUGUUAUCUACUGUGAAGGAGAGCCAAUCAAAAGAGAGGUAAGAAGUUUAUGAGCCUUUUGCCCAAAUCAAUACUUACAUUUUUCAGCUGGAGGUUCAAUAAAUACUUCUUGUACUUGCAGGAAUAUCUUGUCACCUAGGGCCUGAUUAAAAUAGCCUUAAAUUAGGAGCCAGUCUAAGUGGACACGUAUUGAACUGUUUUGACUCUUUUUCAGAUUCCUUUGUCACUCUGGAGGUUUGCCAGGCUUUAGGAUUAGUUAUGUGUCGAUGUCUUGUAAUCAUUUGGUGGUUUUCCUUUUUUUUAAAACUACAGAAAAGACUAUUGCACCUAAACAAAAUGAUGCAAAAAACACUUUCUACAAUUCAUUUUCUGUUUCAUGAAGGUACCAGGUUAGAAAAGUACAGAGUAACUUCACAGAUUAACUCCAUUACAAAGUAGUUGUGAAUGUUUUGGACCCAUUGGGCUGAGGUUUUCAUAUAGCCCUUCUGUCUUAAAUUGAUGUCUUUGUGUAAACUCCAUAACCUCUGACUCUUUCAUACUUCUCUGUGAUAGGAUGAGGAGGAGAACCUCAAUGAUGUCGGUUAUGAUGACAUUGGAGGCUGUCGGAAGCAGCUGGCUCAGAUCAAAGAGAUGGUGGAGCUUCCUCUCAGACACCCUGGUCUCUUUAAGGCCAUAGGAGUCAAGGUGUCAAGCAUGCACACAUACAAACUCUUUAACAUUUCUAGACUCAUAUAACAUUGGGUGUUUCACUAUUUAUGAGUCUACUUGCUGCUUUGCUCCCAUCCUUCAGCCCCCUAGAGGUAUUCUGCUGUACGGUCCUGCGGGCACUGGGAAAACCCUGGUGGCCCGAGCUGUAGCCAAUGAAACUGGGGCUUUCUUCUUCCUCAUCAACGGUAAGGUUGUUGUUUGUAUUUGCACAGAGGCACAGGGAUGCACAAAGACAGAAUUCAGUUCAAGGCAUGGUUGACGAUCUGAGAAGCAGUUGACAAAAACUGAACCUGUAUCGCCCUCCCCAUGACACACCCCCUCUGGCAGAGGAAGAAGCCGGCAGACAGAAGAUCCUACGCUAGCUUCAAAUAGGAUUCACCAUGUCAGAUUGCUAGUAACUAGUAAAAGUAAACACAGCUCUGCCAGCGAGCACCGUCUGCAGCUGCCUGGACAGCUACCAUGUUGACAUUGCCACAAUAAAAGGCAAAAACUACCUGUUCAACAAAAAACUCUGCCUCUCAGUGUCUUUUUUCAGGCCCAAAUCUUGGCAGUGCUUUCUCCACUGCUCGAAGGAUGACCGAUAUUUAUUCAAGUUAGAUUCCUCGCUUGGUCACAUUUCCUCUUUGUCUCUCCCCUUUCUUCUGUCGGCUUGCGUUUUCUUAGCACUUUAGGGGGUGGGGCGAGCAGAAGUGUUUUUUUUUUUUUUGCGUGCUUCUCCAACACAGCUCCUGUAGCUAAACUGCUGUGCUACUUUUAGCCACUUAGAGCUCCAAGGAGGGCCAGGAAAGUGGGAGGGGACGAGUCAGAAACAUGGGAGAGGGGUGUGUCGAAUACAGUUAGGUGAUUGGAUGGGGGUCGGAGCAGGAGAUUGACCAAUAGGAGCUGUCCGGGAUGGAUGGCUCCUAUUGGUCAAUGUUUUGGCAGCCGGCACCUAUUAGGGUGAACAGAUUUUUUCCAUUCUUUUUUCUCUUCACUUUGUGGAGAUCACACCAUAGGACCAUGAUCGCCAUAUAAACGAGGUUCAUAAUAAUUACCAAUCUCUCCAAUUGUCAACCAUGCCUUUAAUCCUGCUCUUGGUAGCAAACCCAAGACUGUAAAAACCAAGUGAACAGAGUUAAUGUAACCUGGUUGUAAACUUUUGUCGACUCUGUCAUUUUUUCUUGUUUAUGGAUUUGUGUUGGAGGAAGUAUGUUGGAGGAAGUAUGUUUAACAUGUUAUCUCCUGUGAAGGGCCUGAGAUCAUGAGUAAGCUGGCGGGAGAGUCAGAGAGCAACCUGAGGAAGGCGUUUGAGGAGGCAGAAAAAAAUGCCCCAUCUAUCAUUUUUAUUGAUGAACUGGAUGCCAUUGCUCCCAAGAGAGAGAAAGUAACCACCAGAGAAGAAGAGCAUAAUGAGUCUACCUCUGCACUGUGAGGUCACUCUUACUUUUAGUGUGUUUUUGUUUGUGUGUUUAGACUCACGGUGAAGUUGAACGACGUAUCGUCUCCCAGCUCCUGACCCUGAUGGAUGGCUUGAAGCAAAGAGCUCAUGUGGUUGUCAUGGCAGCUACAAACCGACCAAACAGUGUGGACUCUGCUCUGAGACGUUUUGGUCAGGACAGCUCCAAAAGCAGCACAAACACAUACACAUUACACAAACAGGAAAGCUUUCUGAUUGAUUUGAUGUCUCUCUUCAGGUAGGUUUGACCGGGAGAUUGACAUUGGAAUACCGGAUACGACGGGUAGACUGGAAAUCCUGCAGAUUCACACCAAAAACAUGAAGUUGGGUGACGAUGUUGACCUGGAGAAGGUAAGAAAGCAGCAGCCUGGACUAAAUAAACUCUAAAGUCUUUUUUUCCCUCUGCUUGUCCAAAUGAAAUAAAAACUUUAUCAGCAACAAAUUUAAAUGUUAAUCAGCUUCUUAAUUAUCCAAAAGGCCAAAAUGUGUUAUUCAUAUUCCACUUUUUGUAGAACUACAGAAAACAAGUACUAAGUGUGGACAUAAAUGUUAGCUGCAUAAAUCAAAAUGCAACAAAAAGGUUUUCAGAAUAUCUUCAUGUCAGAGCACAAGGGUUUGGUUGACCUCUUUAUUGAAGGUGGGGUAGGCAGGAUCUGAGGAAGUGCCAGGUUUUAAGAGAAAUCUUGAAUGUAAACACUACUCCUCCAAACCAGUUUUUCCUCAUAGACUGUAUAUAUGGACAGCAUCUGCCGCCUUGAUGGGUGAAGCCACUCCGAGAACAGCACACCCUGGUGACGGGCUGCAGUAUAGAUCAUAAAUCCUGCCUCUGCCAGCAAAGCUUAUGGUGCUGUGGACAAACUUGAGAAAUUAAUGACACAGAACACUGGUUUGUGCUCAAGUCCUCUUUUUUCUGCGUUUUUAAAACUUAUAAGGGGGUUCAUGUUUUCUAUGAUUGACACUUGAUACAGCCUAUGGGUGUAUGAAGAUUGCGUAGCUCACCCGGGGAUACACUGUUUGAGUCGAGCGUCAUCACAGCGACCGUAUAUUGGUGGAAGGUGGAAUCAAGAUGUCCAUAGUACAUACAGUCUACGGCUGUGUCCGAAAUUAAUCCCUAACCCCUCUAUGGGUGACUAUUGGGGUUAGCGCCAUUGUGAGGGGUGUCCGAAACCUGAGUGAUCAAUUCCAACUCCCCAUAUAGGCAACUCAAUAUUUCCCAUAAAGCAUUGCAAAAUGUAAUGACCGUCUCAUGGUCACUCACUGGUGGUGGGCAUCCCGUCAUGCAUUGCGUCUCCAGCGGCAAUUCAAAGAGAGCAAGAAGAGUCAGAACCUGGGCUCUAUUUGCCGUUUACAGCCCACGUUUUUUAUCGUCACUUCACUCGCAAGUGAUCCGUACAUUUUUCGAAAACACAAUUGUUUGCUGUGUCAUACAGUCUUGUGCACAAUAUGGCACAGCAAACAAUGUUCAGCAUGAAAAUAUAAGGCCUUUUAAAAAAAAUUAGUAAUUAAUUGUUUUUUUCUUAUUAUUUUUAUUUCACUAACAUCCUGGAAAAACAAAUACAUCUAUACAACAUCACAAAAUUCAAGAGAUGUGAAAACAAGAGCCGCAACUUCUGACACGGCAGUCUGAGCAGUGAUGUCACAACGGUGCGCAAUGUAGUGUCCGAAACCUCCGGUGAUUGAGCUCACUACAUAGUCAGCUAUAUAGUGAAACUCUGUAUGGGAGUUAGGGGUUAGGGAUUGAGUGGUUCAUUUCAGACACAGCCUAUGUUUUCCCCUCAGCUCCUCCUCUCCCCUCCCUCUCUGCUUCUGAAAGCCCCGAAACAGAAACAGAUGCUACUGCUCGCUCAUAUCGUUCCAAUUAAAUUCAGAUAUAAUGCAGAUAAAUACUUCAGAUAAUUACAAAUAGAGCCCAGUCAACGUGAAAGUAAAAAGCAUUGGUGCUACUGUAGAUGCCAACAGACUACCAGCAAACACAAUGUUUGCAGGACUUCUACAACUAGGAUUAAGUCACAUUGUCCAGAACCCGAGGUCAACAGUUUAGCGGCACUACAACACGCAGCAGGUUCCGUUUGACAAGAAACACUUCUGUUACGGACACUUGGCCUUCUUUGUUAAAGCUGUUUACCUGUCCAGCAGAAAGGUUACAGGGUCUGUAAGAUCCCCCAAAGCGUCCCCGAAGCAAUUAUACUUAAUUGAUGUUGACCCAGCUUUUUAGCUCUUGUCUGGUCUACCUCCAAAUUUGAAUGAGAUUAUCUAUCUUACUGUAACUGCACACUCUCUCAUCUUUUCGGUUUUGUUACAAACUUAAGUUUUAAAUCUGAAUGCCAUCCAUCCCAACUUUGGUAUGCCCACGUGUGGUCUGAUAGCAACAUUAAUGUUCCUGCUUUAUUUCACAUAUUUUAGAUUUCCACAGAGACGCACGGCCAUGUGGGUGCAGACUUGGCUGCCCUAUGCUCAGAAGCUGCUCUGCAGGCCAUCCGCAAGAAGAUGACCCUCAUAGACCUGGAGGAUGAAUCCAUUGAUGCUGACCUGCUCAACUCGCUGGCUGUCACCAUGGAUGACUUCCAGGUGACACUGCAUAAACAUACACUCACUGCAAAGGCUUUUGCCAUCUGUUGUGUCACGACCUGGCUUUCAGGACAUCAAUCAAUCAACCUUUAUCCAUAAAGUGCUGAUCUGGUCCAUUUUACUGAUCCAUUACAUCUUACUACUACUGCUACUAUUACAACACCUAAAAGAGUACAUACAAACUCAAAGUUGCAUUGCCAGAGAUACUUUUACAGGAACAUCACAAUAAUAACAACAGAUUGAUCUCAGUUUUAUUUAUGGAAAAUUCAAGUCAACAGGUCUACAGCAACAGUAUAGCAUUGAGAGUAUUAAUUAUGAAGUUAAGGUGGGUAAUAGGGGUUGGGAUUAAAAACGAUUGAAGCAGGAAAAGUCAAAAAGUAUUUCAAUUAACUUUAUCUUUGUUACAGCGAUACAAAUGGUGAGACUGUUGUUAAUAAGCGGCAGUAAUGAUGAGUCUGAGGCUAAUAAAUUAACAUUAGCUUUGUAACUGUUAUAAAAAGACUAAUGCUUGUAGUUGAAGCAGCUGAAAAGCAGGCAGGUCUAGAGCAGCAAAACAUCUGCAGCAACAGUCUAGAGAAACCUACAGGAUGAGGGAGCUCAGGGACUCCCAGGAAGGACUGGUUUGUGACUUAAAUGGCACAUGGUGAUUCAAAGUUAAUGAAUCUCUCUGUCCAUGUUUCUAUUUAUACAGACAGAUAGAGGAUAGAAAAGGAGAGAAAGGAGUUCAGUGUGCCGGUUCCCCCAUCAGUCUAAACCUAUAGCAGCAUAUCUGAGAGUUGGCCCAAGCUUAAACCAGCACAUGAAGAAAAGGAAAGAAAAUACAUGGUUCAACUAUAUGGAACAAAAGAUUUUUUUCCCUCCUAAAAUGGGCCUUUUACUAGAACUCUACAGAAAAGACAAAGCUGUAUUUUCGUGCCCACCGGCAGCGUGGCGGAGGAUGGCGGACCCCGCGCAGUGGUAUAUUUGUCUGGCGGAGCCUGGUGCACAGCCAGUUUGGUGUUUUCGUAGACUGAGGCGCAUUGAGGUCUGCCAAGCUGGGUGUGGUGGCACGGCAGAGGGAGGUGUUGACAGAAUCAGCUGGCACAGUGACAUUUUCGUGCUCGCCGGUGGCGUAUAAAGUGCGCUGAAAGCUCGCCGAUUCAAACCUGGUCAGCUUUCACUGCAGGCGGAGCGCAGCUGGUCUAGUGGUAUUUUGGUAGACCGGCAGCGUAUCGGCAUACGUCACCGAUGCCUCACCGGCAGGUUUCCACAGUGUCAGGCACAUUUCAGUGCAAUAAAUAAUCAUCAACAACCAUUAAUCUGAGUCAGCACAUACAUUUAGAGCUAUAUAGAUAUAUUCUGAUCUAUAUCUGAUCUGAUGAGCACUUUUGGCACGCGCUUAGACACUCAACCUGUCUGAAUUAACACAGCUGAAACCACAUUAAAUUAAAUUAAAUAUCUAGUAUAUAGACACACGAUGAAUUUACCAAGAUAUUUAAUUCGUCUGCCCCCAUUUCUAUCUUGCUCUUCCCCUUAUUUCUUGCGCAGCUCGACCACAACAUGUCUCCGUGUCUUCUCCCUAUCCUGCUGCUGCCACGGCGGCUGAACAGAUGAUUUGUUUCAGUGCUCAGAUGAGUUAUUUACUUUAAACCUACAUAUGGAUAUGAUAAUAUUCAGUUUUGUGAGCCAAAUUUAUUUUAUAUGCCAACAUCAAUGAAAGAAAGAGCCAGGCCACGGAACGCGAUGCGUCAUUACGCACAGAUGGUUCAGAUUUUAAUGCCAUUUUUGGAAUUUAUGAUGUGAUCUGUGCGCACAGCCCACCUUUUGUCACGUUAGGUUUAAAUAUAUGCAACUUGAUGUGAGUGUCUUUAUUUGUGGAAAAGGGUGUUUGUCUUACCAGUGGGUCCAACAUUACACACACCAAAUCCAUCUGUGCUCAUAUGAGAGAGUGUGCAGGAUGCCCUCUGCAGGGCUUACAGCGAUACUUGUUGAGGGGCUACCUUCUGUCGCCAUCGUGUGGCAUUGCUGUCUUCAGACAUCUCUUGAUCUGUCCAACCAUUGCCCGAGUUAGGAAGGGGGGAUACUUACGCCGGGCUGCGCUGCGCACCAAAAUACCAAAAUGUGCUUGGGCACGCCUUGUCGGCGGGGCGGACCUGACUUACAUCGCGCCUGCGCCACGCCACCGGUGAGGCAAGAAAAUAGAGCCCCAAGUGUGUUUUUUUUCCUGAGAUAGCAUGUCAGCUGUUGAGUGGAAGGAGUGUGAAAAUAAGCCACAAAGAUGGUCAAAGCCACCUAAACAAAAGCAUGACAAGAUAUGGUCGGCCAUAGAGAGAAAAAAAGUGAGAGCAAGGGACGUCUGCCGAAUCUUAAAUACACCCAAGGGUCUGGCUAACAGGUGCAGCAGAGCCCUGCCCACCAACAACUUGUCAGGACACAAACCUAGGAACAGAAAAUAAGGAAGAAAAAACUAUCACACUAUCCUGUGAGAAUGCAUAGAUGUCAGAUAUGAGGAUGUCUUUACAGAAGACAAAAUGAAGACAUUGUCAUGUCCUCCUCCAGUGGGCACUAAGUCAGAGUAACCCUUCAGCACUGAGAGAGACCGUUGCAGAGGUUCCUCAGGUGAACUGGGAGGACAUCGGAGGGCUGGAUGAGGUUAAGAGAGAACUGCAAGAGCUGGUCCAGGUGAAAUAAAAGUUUGCACACUCCUACCGCCACACACUGCCUUUACCUACAAACACACACCCUAUAAACAGUCUACUCUCUGUGUAUUGCCCAAUAGUACCCUGUUGAAUAUCCAGACAAGUUCCUGAAGUUUGGCAUGACCCCAUCUCGUGGGGUGCUGUUUUACGGCCCUCCAGGCUGUGGGAAAACUCUUCUGGCCAAGGCCAUCGCCAAUGAGUGCCAAGCAAACUUUGUGUCCAUCAAAGGGCCUGAGAUGCUCACCAUGUGGUUUGGAGAAUCAGAGGCCAAUGUCAGAGACGUGUUUGAUAAGGUGAGAGCAGAGCAAAGGAGGACAAACUAUCACCAAUCAGAUCUCUGAGCAGAUGACUAUGUUUCUCAAAAAUGUGCCUCCUUUUUGUUAUACUAUAACCUCUUUCACUGUCCACAGGCCAGACAGGCAGCCCCCUGUAUCCUGUUCUUUGACGAGUUAGACUCUAUUGCCAAGUCCAGGGGGGGCGGAGCUGGGGAUGCAGGUGGGGCAGCUGACAGAGUCAUCAACCAGAUCCUGACAGAGAUGGAUGGCAUGUCUGACAAAAAGAAUGUUUUUAUUAUUGGGGCCACAAACAGGUGUGCAGCAACAUAUGAGUUAAAUUUCAGAGGAUCAAGGAGAAACCCUGACAUUUCCCUCCGUUAAUCUCACUUUCUUCAUUCCACAGACCUGACAUCAUUGAUGCAGCCAUCCUGCGGCCGGGCCGUUUGGAUCAGCUUAUCUAUAUCCCUCUCCCAGACAAACCAUCACGCACCGCCAUUCUCAACGCCAACCUACGCAAGUCCCCUGUGGCACGAGUCAGUGAUUCACACUCAUAAAGUGAUCUUGUCUCUGCACAGCUUUCACCUGAACAUUUUUACAUAAUUGUUUACUUAUGGCAAACUUUGCUUUCUUGCCGUGAUCCAUGCAAGUUAUCCUAUCCUUUUCAUGUGUUUUGCCCUUACCUUCUCGUCCCGUAGGAUGUGGACCUGGAGUACCUUUCUGGUAUUACAGAUGGUUUCUCUGGAGCAGACCUGACAGAGAUCUGCCAGCGUGCCUGUAAACUGGCUAUCCGUGAGGCCAUUGAGGCCGAGAUCAAGGCUGAGCGUCAGAGGCAGAGCAGACCGGGUGUCCCUAUGGUCAGAAAGCUUCUGCUGUGCUGCACUCAUACCUAUUUCCACCAUCAUUUACUGUAUUACUGACUUCUUCUCUCCUAAACACUUAAAUACACAUGAUACUCCACUCCUCAAAAAGUGCCUGGCUGUGUGUGCUCCGUACUGAUGGAGACAGUGGAAGAUCAAGAUGUUCCCUAAAGGGCGGCUGUAUGUUUUGUAGCUUUCAGCCUUUGGACUGGGAACACACAAACACACAUAUACACACAAGUAAUCAUGUAGUAUAUUGUGUUCAAACUAAGUUUCUUGUUUCACCUGUUUUCAGGAUGAAGACUUUGAUCCAGUCCCAGAGAUUAGGAAAGACCACUUUGAAGAGGCAAUGCGAUUUGCUCGACGCUCAGUCAGUGACAACGACAUUCGAAAAUAUGAAAUGUUUGCUCAAACUCUGCAGCAGAGCCGAGGUUUCGGGAACUUUAGGUACAUGUAUAAAGGCAAUGCAUGUCAUGACAGAAAGUAGUUUGACUUUCUCAAGGAUGUCUUGAAGAAUUUUGCUUUUUUUGCCUCCCAACCCAGGUUUCCUUCUGCUACUGGUGCUCGGUCUGGGGGUCAGGGGCCGGGCUCUGGAUCAAACCUGUUUAGAGACGAAGGAGAAGAUGAUCUCUAUCAGUGA